CUGUUGCCAAUAGAUGUGUGGUGGAACUGCCGUCCCUCCGCACGCCACGCACGACUCCUCUUCAUCCCCUCCCCCGUAUAUUCUUCCCCUUCCGCGCGCUGCAAUUUUCCCCACCCCGCUCGACUUCUCUUCUCAUUCCUCCACUCAACUCCGCCAUUUGAGAGCAAUGGCAAGUCCUAGGCGGAGAAGAGGCAAUUCCAUGGCGUAUCAGAGGAGAGACGACAACGGUGGCGGAAGUGUCGCCGGUACUCGUGGCCGGCGGUGGUGCUCACGCAACGGGAGCGUCAUCGCCGGAGCAGUCACCGCACAGAGCAUCAUGGUUCACGACCACCACCAAGACGAUGUCGACAACUUCGUGGAGCCACUACCACGGAAUCGUGCCGUUAGUCCCGGGAAAGAAGGUGAUGAGGUUCUCCCCCCGCCCCCGUUCCCCCAUGUUUUAUUGUGUUAUAGGUAUUUCAUUCAUUUCUCACUGGUAUUUUUAAGCAUAUUAAACAUGACAAGAAUAACAGUGUUUCUAUUUUUUAGAAGAAGAAACGUGUAUCGUGCAAUAGGGCUUCACAAGAACGGUUGACUAUAUUGACCAAGGGUCUUAGUGAAGACCAGAAGAAAGAUGCCGGUGAGAUGAGGAUGAUGUCUUUGAUGGAUGUUCUAUGACCAAAUCUGGUGAACACUGUUUGUGAUUUUUUUGGGGAGAUCUAUGACCCUGCGUCCAGGGAUUUUGUCAUUCCGGUAUGUGGAAGACUCCCUUUUCUCGAGGAGUCCGUUUUUUGUACAUUACGUGUCUCUCGCGGGGAAUUGGAAGUUCCUUUUGAGGUGAACAAUGAUAGUGAGCAGGAAUUGUUCCCCCGGUUGUUUCCUGGCCAGGCAACCAUGCCUAAUAAGACGGUGCUUGCAACUUCGUUGGACAAGAUGACAAACCAUGGAGAUGUAUUUAAGAUGAAGCUGCUGAUGUACUUGAUUUCUUCUGUCUUUGCGCCUACCACAUCUCUACGCUCAAGCAACAAAUGCUUCCCUGUCUCGGUGAAUGUUCUUCAUCUACUUUUUUUACGGUAUUCUCUUUGUUAUGUCACGUACUAGCAUGUACCUACUAGUUGAAGUUCUUUUUAACUUUGCAUGUGUUGAUGUUUUUUAAA